GAGUGAUUUAAAGAAAAUGAAACAAUAAAUAAUAAAACGUGAUGCCUUUCAGAGCAGCUCUCGGAUGACUUGUGCGGAAGGACUUUCUUUACAGCGUGUCUCUGCCCCUUUCUGCAUCAUUUGCCUCUCCACGCUGCGCCGCCACUCCUCUCUUUCACUCUGUACAGUUUUCCAGGAGGACCAGUUCCUGUCAGACUCCUUUCACACACACACACGCACACACGCACACACACCUCAGCGCGGACAUCUGCAGCACCGACCGAUAGUCAUGGCUUUACCGGACACUGCCCCUCUGCUCGUGGGACUACUGCUCCUCUUUCAUGCUUUUGGAGGCGCACGGCUGUAAAUGAAAGCAAUACUGUGAAACUGUCCUUUAGAUCAGAGCAUGGGCCAUAGUGGAGGUGAACAUGGAGGACAAAGUGGAGGUAAUGGCUGGAGAGACGGCUCAGAUCACCUGCAUGUUUACAACUGACGAGGGCCUGGGCGGCACCACCAUACAGUGGUUCUAUGUGCUACCUAAUAAGGAGAGACAGAGAAUCUACAACAAGGAACCAAUGCAUGAGGCUGCAGAACAAAACACACUGUUCACGCAUCGGAUCAGCUUGAACGUCAAUGGAACCGCUGCUGUGCUGGUUAUCAGAGAUGUGGGAGUGAGGGACAACUUGGAGUUUAUCUGUGUCAUCAAAACUCUCACACCUGAGGAAGCAGAGGGACGAACCCAGCUCCAAGUGUUUAAAUCACCAACCUUUCCUACAAUUGAGGCCGUGGAAACAGGGAUAUCAGUAAAUGAAAAAGAUCCAUCCAAGAUUGGGUCUUGCAGGGUCAAAAACGGAUACCCAAAGCCAAAUAUCACUUGGUACAGAAACAACAUGCCGCUUCGCAAUACUCCACGUGAGGUGGUUGUAACCUCCAGCACCACUAUUGAAUCGAGUGGUCUUUUCUCAGUCCAGAGUGAGCUGACAAUGAAAGUUAAGAAGGAGGACAAAGAUGCAGUGUUCUACUGCGAAGUCAUCUACUUUGUCCCUGGAGCGACCAAGAUGACCGAGAGUCAGCACAUUAACAUCACUGUAUACUAUCUCCCCACUGAAGUAACUAUUUGGGUGGAGUCACCAAAGGGCAAAAUCAAGGAAGGGGACACACUUGAGCUUCGCUGCGAUAACAAUGGCAACUAUCCAUCCUCAAUCACCACAAUUAAGCACCAAAAUAGUGAAUACUCUGUGGAGAACAAGACUAUGGUGCGGACUAAUGUGAAGCGUUUAGACGGUGGAGUUUAUGAGUGCACCUUUGAGGAAACGGAUAACUUUGAGGAGAUCUCAGGGAGUACUAAGGUGUCGGUUAACUACCUUGAAUCUGCUGUUAUAACGCCUAAAGACAGCAUUGCGGUGAUGGAAGGAGAGGAGCUGAAGGCCAGCUGCAAUGCCCUGUCUUCUCUCCAGACAUCCACAACCUGGUUUAAGAAUGAAAAGUUGGUGUCAAAAGGCAACACUUUGAGUGUGAAGAGCGCAACGUUAGAAACAGCAGGGAUGUAUAAGUGCGUUGUGACCGUUCCUGAGAUGGAGGGGAUGAAAACCAGCAGCACACUUCAAGUCAAUGUUAAGGGUUCGCCACAGAUUUUGGGGCCAGAUGUCCAAGAAGUGGAGACUUAUGAGACAACUGUUAAUCUGACCUGCAGUGCCACAGGGUUUCCUGCUCCCACAAUUAUGUGGACAACUUCUGAUGGGAAGAACCUAAAUGCAUUGCAAACAGAGACUGAAGAUGGCGCUCAGAGUGUGGUCACUUUCAAGAUCACCUCCAAUGUGAAAGUUUUCUGCAAUGCCAGCAAUGACUUUGGCUCUAAAGUGGUGGAGUUCAACAUCAAAACCAUUUUAAACACCACAUUAACAACAAUCACUUCCAUGCCAACAAUCAGCACUACCACACGAUCAACCACUACUAUAUCCAGUGACACAGUUGUACACACCACACCAACAACCACCACUACCACAUCAACCAAUACUAUAACCGAUGACACAGUUUUAUACAACACAUCAACUGCCAAUACUACCAUACCAUCAACAAACAUUACCUUUAUCAAUGACACCGUUAUACAAAACACAUCAACUAACUAUGUCAAUGACCCAGUUCAAACGCCCACCAAAUCACCAAAUAUCAAGAAAGAGAGCAAAGGUUUUGUUAUCGCAAUCAUCAUCAUCGCCAUCUUCCUUCUGGCUAUCUUGGGAAGCGUGCUCUAUUUCCUGUACAAGAAGGGCAGGAUCUGCGGCCGAUCUGGCAAGCAAGACUUCAGUAAGAGGAAGUCCAGCAAAGAUAACAUUGUGGUGGAGAUGAAAAGCGACAACACAGAGGAGGCGAUUCUCCUUGGGGUCAACGGAGAAAAGCAACAACCAAAUGACCAAUAAAGACCGAUGAGCGUCUGCACGCGUGAAAGUGAGGAGGUGACACACCGACGGCUGCUCCCGUUCUCCCCUCUCAGCCUCAGGCCCCGCUGCUGCCUUCAAGCACCCACAGCUUUUUAUUCCAAUCGUGACUAUCAGGACAAAUGAAGUUAUUCCAAGCUAUGGCUUUUUCUCUUUCUGCCCUUUACGUGCCAGCUCCUCUGUUGGAAUGCAUCUCGAGCUUUAAUGAACAAGGUUGGAAAGUUUCAUUUCAGAACUAAGUAAUCUCCCUUCAACCCCAAGGAAUGCCGCAGAUUCUCCUCACAGUGUACUGCUGAUAGUCCACAGAACAAUAAUUAGAGCACAAAGCCGACCAGGGACUAUUUUUAUACCCCAAAAAGCAUCACCUCAAGCCCCUUCAGUCACCGAAGAGCAGCCUGAAACAGCUGAGCUAAUGUACAUAUUAUUAUCUAUGUAUAUAUUUCUUUAUUUAAAGUAACACAAUGUGGGGGAAAAGAGAAAAAAGCAAGACAAGAUAGUGUGGUGGGGUUUUGUGUUUUUUAAGGAAGAUAGCAAGGAGAGUUUAAGUAGAUAUUUUGUUUUUAUUAUUUUGUCUUUACACUGAAUUGUUUUUGUAGCUCUAGCGAUGCCUCACCUCUACAGCCAGUUCACAGCUUCACCAAAUAUUGGCUCUGAAAGAAAAAUUUGAAUCGCGUACCUUUCACAUUAUUUUGAUAUCUACUCCUCUAACACUCAACUUUCACACAACCUGCGGAGUAUAAAGUAUAUUAACUAGUCAUUUUGUGAGGCAGGUGAACAAAUCUGACUAUAUUAUGCAGUCCAGUUAUAAACGACCGAUGCCUUAGAAUCUACAUUCGAAGCCAUUUUUUUAUUGUUAUAUUUAAUGUUCAGCGCACUGAUUUCUUUGGUGAUUCGUGCAGGCUUUGUUGUUGUGGAAGGAGCCACCAUCUUUCAUCGUUCUAUACGUUCAUGACAUGCUUCACUUCUGUAAUCAUUUCUUUUGAAAUUUUAAAGUUGGAGAGUAUUGGUGUUUGGUGAAUACACAUGGGUUCACGGCAUGAUGUUUCCUUCUUUAUAAGAAAAAGACAUUUCUGUGUGACGAAUGAAGAAAUUCAUGUAUCGAGCAAAACUUGAAACACUGUUGAAAACUGUUGUGUCCCAGAGAGGCAUGAGAAUGCCCCUCAGCCUUGAUGCCUUAAAACAUCAGCCACUCCUCAUUUAAGUGUAACCAGAGCCUUUCUUUUUCAUUUCGGUAACUAGACUAGACUUCACUACUGAGAAGAGGGGACUGACUGUGACUCUGCAUAUGCAAAUCAUGUUUGAAGACAGUUAAGCCUCUGUUUUGUUUCUGCUGUUGAUGCGUGAGACCACUGUUCAAUGUAUAAUGCCUUUUUAAAGACUGAAAGAUAAAAUGUGUUAUAAUAUCACUGAAGACAUUAUAACAUAUUUAACAAAUCUGAUUGUUUGUAGUUUUUUUUGUGAAAUUCUACCAAAUAAAAAUGGACUGUUAAAUGAACAUAACUGGAAAUGUGUCUGCUGACAUAAAAAUAUGACCUUUUUUAUUUAGCCAUACUACAAAUCACUGCUGUGCCAUGACGUGCCUCUACUCUGUAAUGGUCAAAACCUUUAAAAACAAGUUAAAACUUGGUUACCUUCCAAUUUACACACAGUGUAAAAUCAUUAGGAUGGGUUUGAGCUGUCACUUGAGAAAAUAUCAUGCUUAAAAACAAAAGAAAUCAGUUAUAUAAAGGUACCACUGGGAAGUGUCAUCAAAAAAAUUCAGGGCUCCAUCACUGGAGCCCUGCACAGCGAUGCACUGCGAGUUUUCAGCCCAAGAAAAACUCAAAUUAUACAUAAAGAGACACUUUCAGGCCAGACUGAAGUUUGUCAAGAACAAUCUGGAGAAUGAUUGAUACUGGAAGCACAUAACGAUCAUUUCAGGUGCACAGACAUACUGUCAAUCGACUAAAUGUUUCCAUUUUAUAAAUAUAGGACAGUCUUGAGAUACCAGCAUUAAGAUCAAAUAUAAGCCCAAAGGAGCAUUGUGGCUAAAUCAUGUAGAAUAACGGACAUGUUUUAUUAUAAUUGCAAUUCUUUUCUUAUAUUAAAAUUUCUUGGGGAUUAAAUGUGCGAUAAACUUUUUUACACUGACGGAAAGAGCAAAUGUAACUGGUCAAAAUGAGUUCGACACCCUUGUUCUUGAUGAACAAAGUGCAAUUUGAUGUAAAUGAGGAUAUUUUUGAGCAGGGAGUCAUUCAGUUCUCCUCUAAUAAUAAAAAUGUGGAGGCAGAAACUAAACAUAACAGGUCCACUUUAAAGAAUGAGCCUUGUGAAUUUUAGGUAGAAAUAGAAAUCGUUCUUUACUGGUUUUACCACAAAUAUAUAUGUUUUUUUCCUUGGACGUUGUCUCACAGAUAACUGGCAAAUAGUCAAAUAUUAUUGUUAAUGAACAUUAGUAAUAUGAGUUGUAGGUAUUGCACAGUAGGUCUGCUAAACAUGACAGUGUGGCAUUUGUGCACACAACUAAAAACAUAUAGCUGCUGAACAUGGCGUGAAUUAAAUUUCCAGCAUUAAAUGAGUAAUGUGCGACUCUGUUUUUAAGUCAAGGGGUUCUAUCAAAGAAAUAUACACCGAUUAGUAUCUGAAUGAAUUUAAAAGGGGAGUUCAUGGACAGUGGAUGCCUAUAAAGUGCCUACUUCUAACAUCCACACCAAAGCAGGCAUGAAUAAGCAGAUUAUCCUUAGCAGUCCCUUUACAAACAGUAGGCAAGUUUAUUAGGUUACAUUGAAGUUUUAUUUGAUGAUUGGUCAUGUGAUCUACUGGUCGGGCAGCCAAAUCACAUUUUGGGUUUUAAUGCAAUUACCAAAUGCAUCACAAUGGAAAAUGCAAGAGUAUCAACUAUUAAAAUGGCACCAAAGCACUGAAUCGGUCUGCAGUUCUGAUCACUCACUGCUCUUUUUCAGUUUCAUCUGCUUUGCUGUUAACUUGUUUAGAGUCUUCUCAGCCACUCCUGCCUGAGCCAAAGGAUGAAAUUCAAAUUUCUAUUUAGUUUUACCUUAAAAAGUUAUUGCCAAAUGGCAGCCGAGUCAAGAAAAUCACUGAAGCUUGAGCACUCUGACUGGAGCUACACACGGGAAAUGACUUCCCCCCAGUUUUUGUUUUUUUUUAGUUUUAUGUUUUAAGGAAUACAAAGCUAAAUAUGUGUAAACAGGGGAAAGAGACACCUGAAGGCUUUUGCUUGUCAUUUUAUUAACAGCACUGUGCAUACUUCCAAAUUGAUAUGAGCUUUAAAAACCUUUUUUUUUUAAAAAAAGCAAAAAAAAAAGAAAAGAAAAAAAAGCAAAAAAAAAAAAGAAGCUUUUUACUGUUGAGAAGCAAUGCAGCCGUGUGGAACAACAGCUCCCUCUUCUGGCAGAUAACUGAAAUACCCCUGGUUAGCAUCAAGCUCAGAGUCUGAGGCCUGAUGAGGCUGAAGAAGCAUAGAGGACAGAUUAACACAAGCAAUACCGCAUCAUUUUGCCUUCGGAGACCAACAGGUACACAUCUAUACCAACAAACGCUCUUCCAAAAAACAUCUAAAAAACAAAAACAUAUGGCACUGCUCACUGAAUUAUUCACAUAAGUAAACAAAUCCUUUGGAACAAAAUACAUGUACAGGAAUGCAAAAUGAAAUAUAACAGCCAUUUUCUUCCUCUUUUCAUAUCUAACUCUAUACAAUUUGCUUUUCUUUAGAGUGACAGUAUCAAAGCACAAACUGGUAUAAUGUGCAAAAACAAAAACAAUGGUAAAUAAUACAAGACAAUGACAUGCCAUUCUUAAUAUAUAAACACACACUGGUACAGUAUUGAUGAUAUGAGGGGAGCUUCCUGUCCAUUAAACAUCAUUCAAGAAGUUUCUCAAGGCAACUAGGAAGAGUAAAAAAGACCCCAAAAUGAAAUAAAAGAGGGCGAGACAGCACAAAGCUUCCAGUCAACAUGCAGAGACACCCAGAAUAAGACAGGGCUGACUUACACGAUGCACACACUCCCAGGGUGGGUGAAACCCCCCC